AUGCGGGGGGCCAAUGACAGCACUCGUGGAAGCACAGGAACUUGGUGCACGGCUAGUGCACAUAUAAUAACAGGUGUGAUAGGCUCUGGCAUUCUCUCACUCUCUUGGGCAGUAGCACAACUUGGAUGGAUUGCUGGCCCUGCCACUCUCUUCAUUUUUUCAUUCAUCACACUCUACACUUCCAUUCUCUUGGCCGAUUGCUAUAGAUCUCCCAAUCCAGCUAGAGGGACCAGGAACUACUCAUACAUGGAGGCUGUCCCAGCCAAUUUAGGUAAGAAGAUGUCCAUGGUUUGUGGGUUCACUCAAUACAUCUUCAUAUUUGGUAUGGCCAUUGGCUACACUAUCACAGCAUCCACAAGCAUGGGGGCCAUACACAAGUCAAAUUGCUACCACAACAGAGGCCAUGAUGCUCCAUGCAAGAUCUCCACCAAUCUGUUCAUGAUCUUAUUUGGGAUGUCUCAGAUCAUUCUAUCUCAGAUUCCAAGCUUCCACAAGUUGUCCAUGCUCUCAUUUAUUGCAGCUCUCAUGUCUUUUAUCUAUGCACUCAUAGGAGUAAUGCUUAGCUUUGCAAAAGUCAUCUCAGGAGAUGUUGGACAGACCUCAUUGAAGGGAGCAAUGGUUAUGGCGAAUUUGAGUGAAAAUCAGAAGGUGUGGAGGAUGUUCAGAAGCGCCGGAAACAUUGCGUUUUCUUAUGCAUUUUCUCCAGUUUUGAUUGAGAUCCAAGAUACCCUGAGAUCUCCUCCUGCAGAAAACAAGUCCAUGAAGAAGGCUAUUUUGGCAAUACACAAGUCAAAUUGCUACCAUAACAGAGGCCAUGAUGCUCCAUGCAAGAUCUCCACCAAUCUGUUCAUGACCUUAUUUGGGAUGUCUCAGAUCAUUCUAUCUCAGAUUCCAAACUUCCACAAGUUGUCCAUGCUCUCAUUUAUUGCAGCUCUCAUGUCUUUUAUCUAUGCACUCAUAGGAGUAAUGCUUAGCUUUGCAAAAGUCAUCUCAGGAGAUGUUGGACAGACCUCAUUGAAGGGAGCAAUGGUUAUGGCGAAUUUGAGUGAAAAUCAGAAGGUGUGGAGGAUGUUCAGAAGCGCCGGAAACAUUGCGUUUUCUUAUGCAUUUUCUCCAGUUUUGAUUGAGAUCCAAGAUACCCUGAGAUCUCCUCCUGCAGAAAACAAGUCCAUGAAGAAGGCAAUUUUUAUGGGUGUUUCAACAACCACCCUUUUUUAUGUGUUCUGUGGCUGUAUGGGCUAUGCUGCAUUUGGAAGUGAAGCUCCGGGCAACAUGCUAACUAGCUUUGGGUUCUAUGAGCCCUUCUGGUUAGUUGACUUGGGCAAUGUAUGCAUUGUGGUGCACCUUGUGGGUGCAUAUCAGGUAUUCAUUCAACCACUGUAUGCUGUAAUUGAAUCAUGGGCUGCCAGAAGGUGGCCGAAAUCGAAGUUCAUAACUAGCGAGUACCCGAUAAGCAUUUUUGGCUUACACUUUAGCUACAGUUUGAACUUCUUCCGGCUGGUAUGGAGGACUAUUUUUGUGGUUUUGGUCACUGUGCUGGCCAUGGCAUUUCCUUUCUUCAAUGACAUACUUCCACUCCUUGGAGCUGUAGGAUACUGGCCACUUACAGUGUACUUUCCAAUAGAGAUGUACAUCACAAGGAAGAAGAUUAAGAGAUUCACAUAUAGGUGGGUGGGUGUCCAACUACUAAACUUUGGUUGCUUGCUUGUUGCCAUUGCUGCAGCUUUAGGUUCCAUCCAAGGUGUGGUUGAGGACCUCAAUAUCUACAAGCCUUUCAAGUCAAAACAAUGACUGAUACCCCCCCCCCUUCCCAAUAAUAAUGAUCCAGCAGGAGUUUACAUGUAGGUGAAGAAUUUAUGUAGCUCUAGUAUGUGUCUGUAACUGCAACCCAGAGUUACUAAUAGUUCUCCAUUUGUCCUGGUAAGUGUGGUGUUAAGCAGGAUAUAGGCUUCUUUAGUCUUGUUUCUUGUGUUGUCUCUUCAAGGUUGAGUUGUGGUUGAUAUUCUAAUCUGCUGAUGGCAAUGUCAAAGGUUGAUUAGUUUCAUCUCUCAUCUCUGCUCUCUUCUUUUAUUCAGGUUUGGGUUGAUGUUUGACCCAUUUUUUGUAUUCUAGAUGAUUGAUUUCUCUUUUGUUCAUAUUUAAUAUAAAUGAUUUUCUAGCGGGGAAAAAAAAAGCAAGAUAGAUUGUUAC